AUGAGGCUGCGGCCUCCGAUUUUAUCCCAUCUGCGCAUGUCGAUUCCCCGAACCGGCCGGGGAGAUCUCGGCAGCAGAAUGGUUACUCGGAGACUUGCGACACAAAACCGAAGCUCUACGCCGCCAACCACGACAACGUAUGCGAGGAGCACACUUCAAAAAGGACCUCCUGAACGAAUUUUGCUCUAUCAUGCUGGAAAUGGAAGGAUCAUGUUUCUCGGAGCGUUGCGGAUCACCACCAUCCUCCUCUUUGGAUUUACAUGCAUCUUGGGAGUGCCAGCUAUGGAGAUGAGUGGCGAGCCGUGGUAUAAGAGUGCUGCUCUUGUACUUGGAAGCGCCAUUCCAAUGGUUUUUGUGGCCUAUACUGGCGCCCCAUUUGUGAACUUUGUCCACCUUGCGCUUCCUGUUUUUGCUCGACAGUCACGGGAAAAGACGAUUCAAUACGCAAAGAACCUCCCCCCGACAGCUACACUUUAUAUCAACACGAUGAAAAUCUCUACUGGCUCCUUUCAGACCUCGGUGCGACUGGGGGACUUAGCUUAUGCCACGGAUCGCUUUCGACCGGUGACUUUUCAAAUCACCAAGGAGCCUCUUCCUGGCCGGUUGACAUGGCUUACCCCACGGAAAUUCUUUGCCGAACCACACAGUUCUCCUGGUCACCCUGCCCCGGCAUUCUAUCCCCAGCUAUGGGAGCCUGUAUACAAACAAAUCCAGAGUCGAAGGCUACCCGUGAAGAAGUAA